CGACAGUUCACUGUUCACGACGCGUUGCCUGGGAUGGCAUCGUCAUCUACCCUCUUCGACCUCCUUCCCGACCUGCGACCAAUAUAUCCCAACACCGUAUACAUCGCAGGACUCCUGUCUUCUGAUUCAGGACUCACUCCCGACCAACGAGCGGAGCUCGUUUCCCAUUGCCUUACUCGUGCCUGUGUCUUCGCCGAACUGAAUGUUCUUCAAUUUCUUCUUGCAGACCAACAGGCCCAACCUUAUGUCGAUCUUGGAGUACGUGACGAUGAUGGAAUUGGCCUCGUUACACUGGCCAUUCAUGGCUUUGGCUCCGAAUCCGACAGAGACGUUGAACGCGAGGAGUGUGUCCGACUCUUGAUCUCUCAAGGCGCGGACCUCAAUGCUGACCAAGCCGGAUGGACACCUCUACACCACGCGGCGUUGCUGUCUCCGCCAACACUGAUAUCUUACCUGAUGACCCAUGGCUGCUCUGUGUUCGCCCUUACACGCCGAAAUCUCACUCCUCUCGAUAUUGUGACCGCCCAUUCUGUGCUUCCUGGCAGGGAAGAUGUGGCAUUGUUACUCCAGGAAGCAAUGCGGGGCGAAGGCUGGACGGGUGGAAAGCUAGACGAUAAGCGACGGUUAUUAGACGACAAACGCAAGCGACUUUCAAAACAAAGAGCGAUCCGAGAUGGCGUUGAAAAGGUACUCGGCCUCGAUGCGCGAUGGUGGGGCGACAUCGAUUACUCCUGGUCGGACUCCGAUUCAGAGGACGAGGAUGCCACUGAAGACAUUUAUACACCGCCGCCUGAUUAUUCCUCCAUGCUCGUCUUCUCCCCACCAGCUCUCCCGCAAAUUUUUGAAUCACUUAUCACUAACUUCCGACCCUCGUUUCGCGAUUCACAACCCGCAAACUCACUUUACAUGCUGGCUAGAUUCGCAUGCUUAACAUGCGACCAUACGUGGCUAGAAGAUCUCAUUAUCGGAGCGGCAGAUGCCAUAGAAGAAACUUUCUUUGAAAGAGCAGACGAUAUUACUUGCUUGGUUUUUUGGCUAAGAAACACCACCAUCUGGCUCCACUUACUUCGCUGCGACAACUCCAUAAAUGAAGCAUGCGAGAUGCUUGGAUCCUUCGAGCUAAUAGAGGAAGUCAUCAACUCUGUCUUCGUUUUCAUUAUUCGCUAUGCAGAGCGCCGUAUAGAUCAGCUUCUUGAUGCGGCCUUGCUCGAUUUUUCGCCGCUUCCGGCAGAGAUGGACUCAGUCCAAUUCGAGUCUGAAUGGUCUUUUUUGCGGUCUUUGACCGGUAAAAAGAAAACAACAUCGGCCGCCCCUCCACCUCCCUUGCGGCCUACCGUACCUCCAACCCCACCAAGUCCCAACCGACCGGCAUCUCCUUCAGGUAGUAUAUCUGCAUCCACUUCGCGAAGUUUUUCUUCGCUACGACAGAGUUUCGCUCGGGCUCGUGCAGGCUCUCAAACAACUCCAAUUCAAGCAUUAUUCUCCGACGGGCCUCCUCAGACUUCAAUUGCCGAUAUCACUUCCUUCAUGACCGCCCUGCAUACUCUGCUCACCCUGUCCGACGUUAAUCCCGCACUGACGACACAGUUGUGGUCGCAAGUCAUGUAUUGGACUUCAUGCGAGAUGUUCAAUCGAAUUCUGACACGGAAAAAAUAUCUAUGUCGAUCAAGAGCAUUACAAAUAAGCAUGAACCUACUCGCGCUCGAGGAAUGGGCAGAACAAAUGGGCCUUCCGCGUGGUGUCCAGUCCCAUUUCAAUCCUGUUCGAGAUCUUUUGAAUUGGUUACAGUGCCUCUCUUCUAUCACUGACUUUUCUAAUCUGGUGGCGACAAUUCAAACCCUCCAACACAUCAACCCGCUCCAGAUGCGGCGUGCGGUUCGGGAAUAUAAAUACGAAGUCAAUGAAGGACGGAUGACUGAGGAGUGCGUUCAAUAUCUCACUCAGCUCCAAAAAGAUUGGGAGCGACACCGUGUCAAGCUUGGUGUUGAAGCCCUUCGUAAAGAGCGGGACACGGAUCGCGACAGUAUCUCCUCCUAUGCAACCGAGUCGCACAGUAUUUCUGGUGUUGCUUCGACCCCUUCAAUCGCGUCAUCCGAAAGCUCAAUGGGACAACACGCGAUUGAUCUGUUGUUUGAGAAGACUCAGGAAAAAGCAGCCUGGGAGCCCGUGAAGCCGCCUCAAGUAUUAGGAGAGUUACUUGACUCGCGACAUAUGCUCCCGCUUGCCUUCCCGUCAGAUCCAAGGAUGCUUUCGGCCCUUCCUGUUCUGGUGGACGACACACCCUCCAAUCUAUUAUUAACGCCCGAUUCUCGAAGUUCGAGCCAAACGAGCGGGGCAGGGAGCAUGCAAUGGAGGUCACGAGAUAAGACUCUGAGGGAAGUCAAUGUUGGCACACUGUUAUGGGUAGAUGGCGUUCGAUCUGCAGCGCGAUGGACUCGACUAACUCAACCAAUUGACGAAGAAGAGCUGCAGACUGAAGAAGUUGAAGACGGGCUGGAACCUGAGUCGCUCAAGAUCAAUACUCACAUAACACCAUUGACGAGGAAACCUUCUGGGAGAAGUAAAGGUAGACUCAGCCAAGCUGGAGAUGCGGAGACAACACCUGUAGAAUAA